GGAGACUUCGAAUGCCUUCCUGUUGCUAAACAUACGUUUUCUCACCGAAAAAAUGUAUCAGGGAAAAUUAAUCAUGAAAGCAUUAAUUUCCUCGAUGAAAAAUGGUGGAUGAUUAAUGUUUGGGAAACAGUACAAUUUGACCAUAAUGCUUAAAUUGGUGGCAUCGUUUAUAAUGAGGAGUUUGAUUUUUGGAACUUUUGUUGAUUGUGGAUUCUCCUUCAAUUUUCAAGCUAAACUGGACAACGACACAUGUAAAAAGGGAAUUUCGGAGAAAAAAUGCGUUCUCCACAGUACCAUCCCUGCUCGUGAAAUUCUGAUUUUAUCAACUGGUAUAAAAAUAAAACCAAUCGAAUCAGAUAUUUUUGUUGUCACGUUCCGGACAAGAAAUAUAACCCAGAUAUUCCAUUUUUUUUGCUCCAACAACGAAACUGGAAAGCCUGAAGUAGUUUUGAGUCAAGGAGAAUAUAAUAAAACCGAGAACCAUUGUUCUGAAAAAGAUCAAAUAAAAGAAUCUAAUGAAUACUGGAUUAAUAAUAAAUCAAAAGUUAGAAUUAAAUUUAAGGACGAGACUUGUGGCACCUGUGAAUUUACAACGAACACAGGUAAGUGUAUAUAUCUUGAUUUUCUUUUUAAAAGUGAAGCCAUGACAUUUUCCUUAGGUGAUAUAUCUUCUGAUGAUGUACCUAAACGAGAAAAUCCGACAGUUAUCAUGUUAUCUGUCUUUGCUGCAGAAAUGUUCAUUAUCCUUGUAUUUCUUGGUGUAUGGCAAUUAAUGAGAAAAUAUCGAUGUUUUAACGAUAAAACAGAAAUGGACUUCUUUGACGUUAGGUCCGGGAGAAAUAUUAUAACCGACACGCCAGGAUUAUUCCCAAGUCCACCAUUAUCACAUAUAUCUUCUAGAAGAUCUAGUAAAAUAUCCGAACACCCUUCAAAUUCUUCAGCAGAGGAGAAUAGGGAGGAACCGGGAAAUUCGUUGGAAAAUGAAGCUGAUACAGUUCCGUUACCUGUUGAAGAUCCCGUUGUUCCAACAGUAGAAAAGGGUUCACCUUUUACCAAGGUGAAGGACAAAACAAAACGUUUACCACCUCAAACACUCCCUAAACCCAUUCGCAAACAAUUAGAAAAAAUGUUAGAUCAUCCAAAGCUAAAUGUGAAUUCUUCUCCACUUACAACCGAGGAAUUACCACGAACACAAAUGGUUAAAGCUCCUCAAAAUAUACCAGCUAUUCCUGGUUUUCUACUGGAACUCGAACAGAAGCAAAGAUGCAUUUUACGUACUAAAAUUAAAAACAAUUUUGAUCGAGACAGCCGUAUUGUAUCUACUGAGAUAGAACAUAUUGAAGUAUUAAAUAAAAAAUGCAAGCGUAGCACAUACAUGGACAUGUCUGGAAUGGAAAAAUUGAGGCGACACAAUGACGAGGAGGGUAUAUACGAAAAUAUGACGGCCUUGAGACGCAUCGGACAAAUGAUUGGUCGAGCUGACAAAAAGAACGAACAUAUGUGUAGUCGAAUAAUAGGAAAAGAAGAAGCUCAUUACUAUGAGAUAGGAAGUGCCGAGUGCGAAUCUAUUCUAGGGAAUUUAAAAGACAGAAACCCAGAAAGACCUGUUAUAUGGAAUGUAAAAACGAGAGAGAGAGAAUAUAACUAUAUUACAAAGAUUGAUGCAAGAGAAGAGGUUAACAGUAGGAAAAGGUGGACAAAAUUUCGUACAUCAAAACACUCUUCUCUAGAACCCCACUACAUUUCUGUAUUCUUUGACGAUAGAUCCAACACAGAUAGUAUCGGCACGGGAUCGGAUUUCGAUCGUCUCUCUUAUGUUUCUGCUCUUGAUGGGAUCUUUAGAAGUUCUACAAAUGUGCAUGAAAGUACGCACAAUGCACACUUCGCAUACGUAUUUGAUGGACUACAAGACGCAAAACUGCCUGUAGGGCCCUCUCAUGAGUUCACAAAUAAGGGUUUUGAAGAGUCUUUAGAACAUAGCCAAUCAUGUGUAAAGAGGUUGUCAAUAGAGAGCUCAGAUUCCGGACUAAGUGAUGAAGACUCAAAAAACAAUGAUUGCCUUUUUUGCCAAUAUAAUGAAAAAGUUGUUUAUGUUAACAUAUCUGAAUUUCAUAAACCAGACAUUCCACCGCGGGGAGGAGGCCUUAAAGCGUUGUACAGACGAGGAAGUGCUAAAUCUAAGAUUGUGAAGAACGAAGAAAUUAGGGUUCGGGUAGUAGGUAACGAGUCAGAACAAGGUAGAUCAACAAUGUACAUCGAGUGAAAUUGUGAUUUUUUAAAAUGAUGAAAUUAUACAUGUACAUUUGCUACAUAACUGUUGAAAUAUAUUUAAGUUUUGAAAUGAA